AUGGCAGUUGAAGAAAAGCCCAGCAACGAGAAUUUUACUACUACGACAACUCGCCCAUUUGUUCGCUCUACAUCGACUACUGGGGCCGAUAUUGGGGAAUUACAGCAGAACAUCAGUCUCGCCGAAAAUGAACUAAACAAAUUAAAGCUCGAGUUAGAUCAAACACGAAAGCAGGCGAAACAAGCUGAAGCGAAUGCGCAAGAAAGUGGUCGCACCAACCGCUCAUUGAAAACCGAACUACAAACGCUCACUGACAUGAGCAAUCGAAAAGACAGACAAGCUGAAAACUCAAAAGCAACCGCUUUUUUCUUCGAGGGACAAGUGAAAAAAUAUAUGGAUGAAAUCGAAACGGCUCGCCAAGGCAUGAGCCAUCUCAAAGUUCUCGAUGAGCAGCUUCAACAAGCAAAAAUUGAACAGGGUGACCUUGAGAAGCAGCUUACACAGGAUUGCAUAAGAACAAAAGAGCAGCUAAAGGCCAUGCAAGAAGCGCAUAACAAAACGAAGGAAGAAAUAAAGUCAAAAAUAAACGAAGCUUAUGCAGAGCUGGAGAAAGCAUCGUUGGAAACGAUGCGACUGCAGGAAGAACUACAGCAGCAAUUAGAAGCCGAAAUGUUGCAAGGUGCUGAUUUUCAAACGCUAGAAAAGGAGUACCGCCUAUUAGAACAGAAACAAAUGGACAGUGUAAAAGCGGUCCAUGAUGAGGUCAGCCAUUUGUGCAGAAAGAUUGAACAAUCAGAAACGUCGAUAACGUCGCAUGAAGAAAGCAUGAUUAUGGUAAAAGAAGAAAUGGAUCGAAUCGUAAGACGUUUGCGGGCUAUUGAUCAAUUAGACACAGCAACAGCGACAAUGGAUACCACCAAUGCUUUUGCUCCAGCAGACAGUAACGGUACAAAGACAGGCACUGAAUAA